AUGCUAUUCUCCACACCUCCCUGCAAAUCCCAAGCUCCUGCAGCCGCCGCCGCCGCCAUCGUAGCAGCUAUCUCCAGCCGCCGCAUCUCCUCCUCCUCGUCGCCGGCGCUGAUUCCUCCGCCGCAUCACGAGGACAACCCAUUCUCCCCACUCCUCACUUCCGAUCCCCCUCCACCGGAUCCGCUCCGCCGGGUUCUUGCCACGGGCGACGUCCACGCCGCGCUCCGCGGCCUCCCGGUCCUCGCGCGCCAGCUAUUCCGGUGGGCGGAGGGCACCCCGCACGGCUUCCCCCGCUCCGCGUCCGCAUUCGCCGCCGUCCUCAUCCCGCUCGUCGAGGCCCGCCACAACAGCGCCACCCACCCCGUCUCCCUCCGCGCCCUCCACGCCGGCCUGCUCCUGCCCCUCCUCUCUCUCCUCCUCACGUAUCCCCUGUCCCGUUCCUCCUAUCACCUCCUAAACCUCCUCUUACGCAUGUCCACCAAGUUCCCAGCCGAAUGCGAGGCGCACGGCUCCGUGCCCACCACCUGUUCGACCCAAUGCCUUUCGGUCUUCCAAGAGAUGGCCCGUCAUGGCGUAGCCCCUUACGUCAAGGAGUGCAACCUCGUGCUCCAUGUGCUAUGCCGUGCGGCCAGGUGGGAUGACAUGAGUGCUGUGUAUUCUGAUAUGCUGCAGCUCGGGGUCAAGCCAAGCAUUGUCACAUACAAUACAUUGCUGGAUUCUUUCUGCAAGUCGGGGAGGAUCGAUCAGGCUGUCAGCCUGCUCAGGGAUAUGGAGGCCCAGGCGGCUGGGUGCUUGCCGGAUGAUGUCACCUACAAUGUGGUCAUCAGCGGGUUGGCCAGGAAUGGUGAGCUGGACAAGGCGUCUGAGCUGGUUGAUAGAUUGCGCUUGUCCAAGAAAGCAUCAGCCUUCACAUAUAAUCCACUUAUCACUGGGUUGUUAGCCAGGGGUUUUGUUGAGAAGGCUAGAGCUUUGCAGCGGGAGAUGGAGAAUGAUGGCGUUCCGCCAACGGUGGUGACAUACAAUGCAUUGAUUGAUGGGCUGUUUAAAAGAGGGAAUGCUGAGGCGGCGCUGGUGAUAUUUGCUGAAAUGAGGGCAAUGGGGAUGCCGCCAGAUUUGAUUACUUAUAAUUCCUUGAUAAAUGGAUAUUGUAAGGCAGGGAAUUUGAGGCAGGCACUUUCGUUGCUUGGUGACUUGAGGCGUGCAGGGCUAGCUCCAACAGUUUUGACAUAUAAUAUCCUUAUAGAUGGUUAUUGUAGAUUAGGCGAUUUAGAGGGGGCUAAGAGAAUCAAGGAGAAGAUGACAGAGGAGGGCUGCCUGUACGAUGUUUGUACAUAUACUAUUCUUAUGAAUGGGUCAUACAAGGUCAGGAACCUUGCUAUGGUCAGGGUGUUCUUUGAUGAAAUGCUGAGCAAAGGUUUACGACCAGAUGCCUUUGCCUACAACACGAGGAUUUUAGCAGAGCUGACUCUAGGUGCUAUUUCCGGUGCUUUUCAGUUGAGGGAGGAGAUGACGCUGAGAGGAAUUCCUUCUGAUACAGUUACAUAUAAUAUUCUUAUUGAUGGGCUGUGCAAGACUGGUAGCCUGAAAGAUGCCUAUGCGUUGUGGAUGAAGAUGGUCAGUGAUGGUUUACACCUUGAUUGUGUCACGUACACUUGCUUGAUCCAUGCGCAUUGUGAGAGGGGGCGCCUAGCGGAAGCAAAUAGUAUUUUUUAUGGCAUGGUUGCAAGUGGUUUGACACCCUCGGCUGUGACCUAUACUGUUUUAAUCCACACAUACUGCAGGAGGGGAAAUCUAUAUUCAGCAUAUGGUUGGUUCCGGAAGAUGCUGGAGGAAGGAGUGGAACCUAAUGAAAUAACAUAUAAUGUGCUGAUGCAUGCAUUAUGCCGGAUGGGGAGAACUGAAUUGGCUUAUCGACAUUUUCAUGAGAUGCUGGAGAGAGGAUUGGUGCCAAACAAGUGCACAUACACCUUUUUGAUAGAUGGGAACUGUAAAGAAGGUAAUUGGGUGGAGGCUAUAAGGUUGUACUGCGAAAUGCAUCAGAAUGGUAUUCAUCCAGACCAUUGCACACAUAACGCCUUGUUUAAGGGAUUUGGUGAAGACCACAUGCACAAGGCAAUCCAGUACUUGGAGAAUGUUGUUUUGGGUGUCUAGGAUGGUCCUCAAGAAAGGAUCACGUUGUCCUUGCUUGGUGGAGAACUCUAUGGCAGAUGGAACCUGGGGUGACAUUCUCUGGAUAAUGGAGCUAUGUGCUUUCCAGAGAGAUUGUUAAACACAAACAGGUCCUUCUC